AAAGUUACCAAUUUAGUGAAGGAAACAAAAAAAAACAAAACCAUAAAUUUUUUUUCAGCAAACACAAAUAAUGGACUCUCUCUGGACUCUGUUACUAGUCACAACUUCUUUUAUAAUACUCUGUUUUUCAGCCAUUUUUCUUCAAUGGAAGCUCUUUAAUAACCACACCAAAAAACCAUCAAAAAUCCCUCUUGGGAGCUUUGGCUUUCGGCCUUUCAUCGGUGAAACUAUUCACUUCAUUUCUUGCGCGUAUUCCGAUCGACCCGAAUGCUUCACGAACAAACGUCGUCAAAUGUAUGGAGAUGUUUUCAAGUCACAUUUAUUUGGGAGCCCAACAAUAGUAUCAACUGAUGCAGAGGUGAACAGAGUUAUUCUACAAAGCGACUCGACAAAAUUCGUGCCUUCUUACCCGAAAUCGCUAAUGGAAUUGAUGGGAAAGACGUCGAUUUUGGUCGUUAACGGGGCUUUGCAGAGGCGAAUCCAUGGAUUGAUUGGGAAUUUUCUAAAGUCUCCAUUUUUAAAAGCUCAAAUCACUGCUGAUAUGCAAAAGUAUGUGACUCAGUCUAUGGAGAAUUGGAGGGAAGAUUGUCUAGUGUACAUUCAAGAUGAAGCAAAGAAUAUUGCAUUUCGAGUGCUGGUAAAAGCAUUAAUUAGUGUGGAAUGUGGUGAUGAAAUGGAGCUGCUAAAGAAGCAUUUUCAAGAAUUUAUUGCGGGCCUAAUGUCGUUGCCAAUAAAUUUACCUGGCACUCAGCUUUACCGAUCUUUACAGGCAAAAAGGAAAAUGAUAAAGCUAAUUGAUGCAAUUAUUCAAUCCAAAAGGGACCAAAAAAAUUUUCCAGGGGCACAUUUGUCAAAAGACGUGAUAGAUGCACUGAUGAAUGAUACUAGUGGGCUGCUUACAGAUGAACUAAUAGCAGAAAAUAUGAUUGAUUUAAUGAUUCCUGGUGAAGAUUCAGUUCCGCUUUUAGUGACUCUUGCAAUAAAAUACCUGUCAGAUUCUCCAGCUGCUCUCAAGCAAUUAACAGUCAUUACAGAGACUUUAAGGAUGGGCAAUAUAAUCACAGGGGUUAUGAGAAAAGCCACAAAAGAUGUUGAAAUAAAGGGGCUUUUGAUACCAAAGAACUGGUGUGUGUUUGCAUAUUUUAGAUCAGUGCAUUUGGAUGACAGAGUCUAUGAUUCACCUUACCAGUUCAGUCCAUGGAGAUGGCAAGAUAGGGAAGUAAGCAGUGCAAAUUUCAGUCCAUUUGGAGGUGGACAAAGGCUGUGCCCAGGGCAUGAUCUGGCCAGGCUGGAGGCUUCUAUUUUCCUACAUCAUUUAGUAACUCAAUUCAGAUGGGAAGCUGAAGACGACACAAUUAUCAAUUUCCCCACUGUGAGGAUGAAGAACAGAAUGCCAGUUUGGGUCAAAAGAAGGGAUCUCCUUUAACCAGCUUACUUUCAAAUUCCAAUCACACACUAUAAUUAAAGUGGUAAAAGAAAAAGAAAAUAUGAAAAAAUUAGGAGAAACCAAAAGAAAACAAAAACCACCAACAAGAAGGACGAGACAAAAGGCAAAGUACCAAAGAAGAGAAAAAGGGGUGAAAAUGAUGCACACGUGUGGGGGUCAGUUUGGAGUAUACAUAUCAUUACACGUCAAAUGAAAUAUUUUUACUGACAGAUUAUUUGUUAGAUAUGUUAAGAUAUACUUAAAUCUUUGAAUAUCUCUAGUUGUUUUUGUUUUUUUCUUUUUCGUAUUGUACUCUAUUUAUUCGUACACAUGUAUUCAGUUUAAGCAAG